GAUUUUUUUAUGGGCCGAUGCUGGCCCAUCCGCUAACGAAUCCACAACCCGACUUAAUUAUUUGCUAUAAAAACCGGAAGCAGUCUGUUGAAGAACCCUAGUAUUGUUUCUUCUCUUUAGCAUCACACACUGGUGUUAGGGUUUUGGAAAUCGCCGGCGCGAGAGGAGAGAUGGCUCCAAAACAACCCAGUACGGGUCUUUUCGUUGGAUUGAACAAGGGUCACAUCGUCACCAAGAAGGAAUUGGCUCCACGUCCCUCAGCUCGCAAGGGGAAAACAAGUAAGAGAGUGCACUUUGUGAGGAACCUAAUCAGGGAGGUAGCUGGAUUUGCACCCUAUGAGAAGCGUAUCACUGAGUUGCUCAAGGUUGGGAAGGACAAGAGGGCAUUGAAAGUUGCCAAGAGGAAGCUCGGAACCCACAAGCGUGCCAAGAAGAAGAGAGAGGAGAUGUCUAAUGUUCUAAGGAAGAUGAGGGCUGGUGGAGCUGGUGAUAAGAAGAAAUAAGUCUUGUUUACUUUUGUUAUGGUUUCACUUUAUGGGAGACUAUGUAUUUUGUUUUAAUUUACUUCAAUUUUCUCAAGUUUUUAUGGUUAGAAGGAUUGUUCUUUGUUUUACCGAGACAUAUGAGUUAAUCAUUUUUGCAAUUGAACUUGGUAUAAUCUUGUGUCUUCUGUGUAUCAUUAGAUAUAAGAUUAUUUUUAUGGCUUUA